CAUCACACUCGUGCUUCACGCUUGCCUUGGAAUUCUGGUUGGCUCCCUGAAACUUGUCCGUUGGGGUAACGCAUCGAGGAGCGCCCCAGCUUUGCCAGGAGUUUUGGACAACUCCCCAGUGCAGCAAACUGAUGUCUGCACGUCUGGUUGUUCCCCUGUGUUUGUUUUUGGGGGUGUUUGUGUGUUUCCGAAGUGUAAAGAGGCCACCGAGCUCCGUGGCUGUCGUGUCACUGCUGGAGCACAGAGAAGACACCGGGCAGCACGGAGCGUCCUGCCGAGGGGCUGUGCCACCCAGCUGUCCCUCCUCACAGCUUGUGGCCACCACGGUGCUGGCAGGGACAACAGCCACGCCUGGUGGGGAUGGCUGCUCGUGCUCAGCAGUGCUCCAGAGUGAUGGCAGCAGCGGAGAGAAUGGAGAAAAUGUCUGCUCUCUGAUGCUCUGCUGAGCAGGUUGUGGCACCCCAGGACACAGGGAGCUUGAAACAGCUUCUCAUACCCUCCUGUUUCAGUCUUUUCUGGUGAUCUGGACUUCUCCUGCCACCAGGAUCUAGCAGCAGCCAUGGAGGCAGUGCUGAUCUUUCUGUGCUCCCUGCUGGUGCCAGCAGCCCUGGCAGAUGUGGCCAUCCAGGAGAAGGAGAAGGAGAAGGAAGAGGAGGACCCCUUCAACUAUGAUUACCAGAGCCUGAGGAUCGGGGGGCUGGUGUUUGCUGUGGUCCUGUUCACCGUUGGCAUUCUCCUUAUACUCAGCAGGAGGUGCAGGUGCAGUUUCAACCAGAAGCCCAGAGCUCCGGGGGAUGAGGAGGCUCAGGCUGAGACCCUGAUCACCUCGAAUGCCACGGGAGCGCAGAAAGCAGAGAACUGAGCAAGAGCCAUGUGACCCAGAGACCCGAGGGCAGGUGCUCGGACCGCAGAUGCCAGUGGCCUGCGAAGAAACUGAAAAGGCAGCAACAGGUCCCUCUGAGGAGAUGCGAAGCUGCUGUGUCUGUGUUACCCUCUGUGCUCCAGCACCAGUUCUCUGUUUACUAACCCGACUAAACUCCGCUCACCGUCCUCUCUGCCUCCGGUGGUGUGUAACCUUGAUGUGAGAUGAUCGUUGCCUCUAGGGCUCGUUGUUGCUGAUGUUGUAAUAGUGACUUUCUCUUCACCUUUCUCGUGCUGUGCGUGUGAUUCAGGCUGUGUACGACCGGCGGGUGCUGACCCCCAAGCCUGGGAAUGGGAGCCCUGGGGAAGGGUUGGGGGGCUGCAGGGCAGGGAACCUGCUGCAGCAGAGCCUGGCGUGCCCCAAACCUUCCCCGGGGCUGGAGGCUCCUGGUUCCCCCUGGCUGGCUUUGGGCAGGGCUUGGGGACCAUCCUCGUGGUGUUUUGUGGUCUGCCCAGUGUGGCUCUGGGCCACACGUUGCCAUUUCAGCAAUAAUCCUCCCGCACAUCCAGGGCAAGCCAGGGGGGUCCCACAGCUCCACUGCCCGAGGUGGUGGCACCUGGCUGAAAGGAGCUCCCCAUUCGUGUCCCUGGCUAAAACCAUGCUGUGUUGGGAUGCUGUCUCCAACAUGAGGGAAUGCUGUGGUGGCAGAGAAGCCCGUGAAAUCCCUCAGCAUGGUGACACUGUGAGAGAGGGAGGUGACCCUGCUCUGCCUGCUCAUGAGGUGGCCAUGGUGGAGAGCAGGUCAAACACAGCUGGGGCUGAAGAGAUAAACAGGCUGAAACAGAACCUGCCCUUGCUUGUCUCUGGCAUGGAAGGGGCAGAGGUGUUUCCUGCUGGUGCUCCCUGCCCUUCCUGAUGCCUUGUCACUCCCUGUGCUGUGGUCUGGGACACGGCCUCGUGUGUCAGUGCUGUGUUUUGUCCCGUGGUGGUUACGUGUUGUCAGCCCCCUGAUGCCAACUGUCCCUUUUCCCUGUGGGGUAGCUUGGGGGCUUUGUGCACCUGAGCUUGCACUGCAGUGACGUGCCAGCUCUGGAGGGGCUGAGCCCGGAGGCUUUUGUCACCUCGUGUCUGUUUGUGGGUCGGAGGCAAACCUGUGGGUCUGUCCCCUGCCCCAAGCCCGUGGGCACAAAAAACUGGGGCUGGGGACUGCUGGCUUGGUCGUGGGUACUUGCCAAGGCAGAGCCAGCCUGGGCCACAGUGCAGGAUCCCCAGGGCUGCACUGAAAUGCCUCAGAGCUCAGGAAGGGGUUCUUGUCCUCCAGGGUGGUUUUCAGAGGGGUUCCUGCCAUGCCCCCCGUGCCGCCGUGGGCCUGCCCUGUGUCCCUGUGUGCUUUGCAUCCCUUGGUGACCCUGACAAAUGUUCUGUCCCAUCUGUGGGAGGUACAGGGACUGUGUCUUGGGCACCCUGUCCCCUCUUGUCCUGGUGGCUGUUGUGGAGGGCUCUGCUCCCUCCUGCCUUGGGCUGAGCAGAGCCCACACCAGCCUGGCGCCUCAGCUCCCUGCCUGUCCCCCGUCGCAGUGCCCGUGCUGUCUGUCGUGUGCUGUCGGUGUUAACACGGAACAAAGAAAUCCCUGUGGUGUGUAGAAAUGGCAAAGUCCUGACUGUUGUAAAAUAAACCGAGCUAUUGUGUUUCCUUUUAAAUGGGCGAGUGUGCUGCUGUGCUGAAGGACCGGCGAGUCCUGCGCUGUGACCUACGGGGGGGAAAGGAAUAAAGUGUUGUUUCUAUCGG